GUGACCAAGGCGGUCAGAGCUGGAGAGGUGGAUGCCAGGACCCGUCGGCAGAUCUUCGACGCGAUCGGGUUCACGUUUCCCACCCGGCUGCUGAGCUCCAGGCAGCCCCCAGCAGGCUGCCCCCAGCACACCUUCCGUGCCCUGGGCCUCACGCUGCUGGCCUGCUUCUGCACCGACCCGGAGCUGGCUGGGCACUCCCAGAUCCUCAACAAAAUCCCAACCUUCAACGACGUCCUGCUCUCCCCCUGCCCUCCCGACGGCGCAGCCAUGGUCGAUGACGUGUACCAGUGCCUGGGUGCCAUCGUGGCCACUGCCAGGGGCCCCAGGGAGCUGGUGACCAAGGGGACGGUGUCUGCCUUGUGCCAGGCCUACCUGAAUGGCAGCUAUGGCUCUGACCGUGCCGUGGCCCUGCUCCUGGGGCUGUUGGCCGUUGCAGAGGCCAAAUGCUGGCAGAGGGACGCUCCUCACCUCCUGGCUGUGCUCAGCAAGCUCUCUGAGGAUUUUCUCAAGAGUGAGGACGUGACCAAAUUUGAGCUGUGCGAGGUUCUGCCUCACUUCAUCCCCCUGUCACCACCCCUCACACAGGACUCGCAGGGCUCCGAGUGCCUCCACAGACUUUACAAGGGGCUGGCUAACAUCUUGGGCAGUAAACUCAGCCAGUCACAGCGGGACCCUGCUCUGAAGCUGGCUGCCUGCCUCGUGCAAGCCUGUGGGUCAGAGUGGAUUCCAGCAGGGAGUGCUGGAGGCAAGUUCCUGGCCUUGCUGGUGAACCUGGCGUGUGUGGAAGUCCGCCUGAUGCUGGAGGAGCCAGAUCCCUUGGAGACAGAGGGGAAGAAGGAAGUGGUAACAGCCUGCUACGUCCUCAUCGAAAUGGGAAUCCAGGAGUGCCUGAGAGAAGAGAAACCACUGCUGGAAGAGGUGCAGAAAGUGCAGCUCAUGAGGAUCAUGGAGGAGGCAUUUGGAGCUGUAAUAUUCUACCUGAGACAGGUGAAACAGGAGGAGCUACACGACCCUUUCAUAUUCGCCUCUGUUCGAAUCCUGGGAGCCUGGAUGGCAGAAGAGACAUCCUCCCUCAAGCAGGAGAUCUGUGAGCUCUUGCCUUUCCUUGUUGAUUACGCUAAGAAGCUUUUCAAAGAGGGCAGCCAGGCUGAGAGUCUUCCCCAGCCAGAGCUGGGCAGCACUGAGGGCUCUGGCCCGCCCCAGGAUGCUCUGAGAUUUCUGCUACCUGGCUUUUGCCAUUUAACAGCAGAGGACAGGCCCCGGGACAUCCUCAUCUCAGCAGGGGCACCAGCACUGCUGGGUGAGUACUUCCUGCAUCACUGCAAGGUGCUGAUCUCUGAGCUUGAGUCCCCAGCUCUGCUGACGAGCACAGAAAUGAGCCUCCAGACCACGUGUGGAAUUUUCCUUAACCUGGUUGUGACUGCACCAGACCUCAUCAGGCAAGACAAAGCCUUUUCCUCCUUGAUGGACGAGUUGCUGAAGUUUCUUCCACUCCUGCUGCCCCGGAAAGAUCACCUGGUCCUGGCAGCCAACGUUGCCACGCUGGGCCUGAUGAUGGCCAGGGUCCUCGCCAGCUCAGCAGCUCUUCAGGGAACCCAGCCUGCCAAGGAGUUUUUCGGAGCCGCUGUUCGCUUCCUCUCAGAGGCCCACGUGGCCCAGGCAGAGCCUGGUGGUGGCAGUGGCCUGGUCGUGGCUGUGUCACCCACCUACCUGGACACCUGGGCUGACAUCCGUGAGCUCUGGCUGCUGGGCAUGCAGGCCCUGGCUGGCUGUGUGCCACUGCUGCCCUGCCUGCCCCAGGCCGUGCUGCGGGCGCGCUGGCUGGAGCAGCGCUCGGCGCUCCUGACCCGCGUCGCUCCGGCCUCCCUGGACCUGGAGCUCGUCACAGCUUUCCAGGGCGUGCUGGUGGAGCUGGCCAGGGCCAGCGAGCCCUGCAGGGCUGUGAUCCUGGCACACCACGGCGAGGAGUGGGCCAACCUGUAUGGCAUGGCAGCUUUGGAGCAGUGUCUGGCCGAGCCGUGA